UUUGGCAGGGCCCGUCCUUGUAGGCAUAUAGUACUCGGCAUCCCCGCUAGGGGGCGGCGUUGGUCCGGUUAUGUGAACCACCGGACCGGAUAACAACUAGCUGAGGCAGGCAGAGCGGAGCGGAGGCAGGCUGACGAAAGAUGGCAGCCGCGGCAGUGGCUGAGUUUCAGAGAGCACAGUCUCUCCUUGGAACAGACCGGAAUGCCUCUAUCGAUAUCUUACAUUCAAUAGUGAAGCGGGACAUCCAGGAGAGUGAUGAGGAGGCCGUGCGUGUUAAAGAGCAGAGCAUCCUGGAGCUGGGUGGACUGCUGGCCAAGACGGGACAGGCUGCAGAGCUAGGAGGCCUGCUGAAAUAUGUACGCCCCUUCCUCAACUCCAUCUCCAAGGCCAAGGCAGCCCGGCUGGUCCGCUCCCUUCUGGACAUGUUCCUGGAUAUGGAAGCUGCAACAGGUCAGGAGGUGGAGCUCUGCCUGGAGUGCAUAGAGUGGGCCAAGGAUGAGAAGAGAACCUUCCUCAGGCAGGCACUAGAGGCUCGCCUCAUCUCACUGUAUUUCGACACAAAAUGCUACCAGGAGGCACUACAACUGGGCACCCAGUUGCUGCAUGAGCUGAAGAAGAUGGACGACAAGGCCCUGCUGGUGGAGGUCCAGCUGCUGGAGAGUAAGACGUACCACGGGCUCAGCAACCUGGCCAAGGCCCGCGCCGCCCUCACCUCUGCCAGGACCACCGCCAACGCCAUCUACUGUCCACCUAAACUACAAGCAGCUCUAGACAUGCAGUCAGGAAUCACCCAUGCAGCAGAGGAGAAAGACUGGAAGACGGCGUACUCCUACUUCUACGAGGCUUUUGAGGGCUACGACUCAAUUGACAGCCCCCGGGCCAUCACAGCCCUCAAAUACAUGCUGCUUUGCAAAAUCAUGCUCAAUUUGCCCGAGGACGUCCAGGCCCUCAUCAGUGGAAAACUAGCUCUGCGGUACGCAGGCAGACAGACAGACUCGCUGAAAUGUGUGGCACAAGCUAGCAAGAACCGGUCGCUGGCAGACUUUGAAAAGGCACUAACAGAGUACAAAGCAGAGCUGAGGGACGACCCCAUCAUCAGCACCCAUCUGACCAAACUGUAUGACAACCUGCUGGAGCAGAACCUCAUCAGGGUCAUCGAACCCUUCUCCAGGGUCCAGAUAGGACACGUUUCCGCCCUCAUCAAACUAUCCAAGGGAGACGUGGAGCGGAAAUUAUCACAGAUGAUCCUGGACGAGAAGUUUCAUGGUAUUUUGGACCAAGGUGAAGGCGUGCUGAUUGUCUUUGAGGAGCCGGUAGUGGACAAGACAUACGAGGCGGCCCUGGAGACCAUUCAGAACAUGAGCAAAGUGGUGGACGCGCUCUACAACAAAGCCAAGAAGCUCACAUAAGAGAAAGGAAACCAUGGCUGCUGCUGUCAGGAGUGAUGUGGGCCAGUCAGACCUUCCGUUGUUAACUCACUUCACCCCGGGAGGGGGGAGGACGACAAGGAGACCCAGCGAGCCAAUGAACCAGCUGACCAACUGAAGACGACGGUCCUCCCUCCCUCCCUCCCUCCCUCCCUCUGCUCUCCCUCUCUCUGGCCUCCUCCUUCCAGUCUGACUGGGGGUGAUCUGACACAACGUGGACAAAUUCAGGCACUGUGCCCCUCUUCUCCCUCCCCACCACUGGUUUCUACUGUAAGUCAAAUUGGACAAGCCUCCCUUUCCACCCCCUCCCCCUGCCCCGGUUCUCUCUGCGCUGGCCAUCAGGGAAUCUUGUAAAAUAUCAAUAAAGAAUACAUAUACAGUACUUAUACAUACAUGUAUUAUAUU